CAUGGAAAUGGAGCUCCCCCGGACACAUUGACAGAAGAACACAUUUCUGUUUAGGUUCUCACAUGUGUAGCCAGCAAGACCGGUGGCUAAAACUAUUUGAUCGCAUUUUCGGUUUACCUCUCAAACAAGAUGGGGAAGAAACGGUCGAGUGAAGAUGUGGAUGAGUCCAAAACGCAUGCGAAGAAAGGAAAAGUAUCUGAGACAGCAGAGUUCAAUGGAACUGUUUUUAAAGCCAUGUUGAAGGAGCCGACCAAGGCAAUGAAGGGCUUGGAUACAUUCAUCACGACGGCAAAGAAGCUGCCAUGUCCUGACCUGUAUGACGUUGUUGAGGGUUACAUCAAGAUCUCCAUGGAGUGUUCUGAGAUCUUCAAACUGCUGGAGGGAGACAAGCAGAUGGAGAGUGAAAUGAUGUUGAUUUUCCAGAGUUUGGAGAUGAUUCUGCUGCGUACAGCCAGUGAUCUCUCUCAUUUCAGCAUGGUGGGAUUCACUAUAGUAAAGAAGGCUGUUUCCAGCUAUAUGAAACUCAUACAGACCUCCCUACACUCAGAAAACCACAGGUUUGUCCGUCACUGCCUGAGUUUCCUGUCAGCCAUGGUAUCCCAGGGAGCAGACACAGCCAGGGAAGUCUUCAGCCACUUCCACUUCACUAAAGGCCUGUCUGCUUUGGCCAAGAGGAAGGAUAAGAUGGGUAGACCUGAUGUCCGCAUGGCUUACACCCAGUUUGCCCUCUCCUUCCUGGUCUCUGGUGACAAUGUUACUAUUGGACAACUACUGGAGAUGAAAGAUUUCCUGCCAGACAUUCUAAGCAGCGGACUGAAGGAGGAUCGUAUCUCCACUGUCAACCUGAUUCUGUCUACUCUGCAGACUAAGGUGGUCCAGAGACAAGCCAUCAGUAAGACCCAGAAGGUGCGUUUCUUUACCCCAUCUCUCCUGGCCCAGAUUGCAUCUCUCUACAGGUGGAAUGGCAUUGUGGAUGCAAGCACAGACGACAGCAAGAUGGCAGAGAACGCAGAGGAAGCAGGGAAGAUGGUCGUGAGGAAACUGGUUCACAACUUCCUCCUGAAUCUAUGCUGCUCCCGGAAACAUGGCAUCAGUUUCUACGACCCCAGCUUUGGAACGGCCGGCAGGGCUGGUAACAUUGUGCUACUGCAGUUUGUGGUGGGGCUGAAGCAGGCUACAGAGGAUGACCUGGUGUCUGAUCUGAUGGUCAAUAUACUAAGGGUCAGUCCUGACAUCUUGCCCAGGUUCUUCAAGGAGACACAGUACUCCUUCAUCCCUCGCCUCAAAUCUGCCUGGACGGACAACAUCACUCUGCUCAAGAAGAUCUACGAGUCUCAGCCAGAGGUGUCCAAGGCCUUCCAGACCAGAGAGGUUGUUCCUCUGCCCCGCCUCCUGUCCAUGGUGCUGGUGACAUCACUUCCUCCCGUCUGUAACAAGGCCUUCUUCACGCAGGGCAUCAACUUUGCCAACGCGGUGGUGCAGCACACGACCCUGUCCCUCAUGUCGUUCCUUCUGAAGAGAGCUCAGAGGAACAUAGAGUUGUGUCUGGACCGCUCUGUGUGGCUCGCCUCUGAUCUCUACACACCAGCCACCAUGCAGGACUUCACACAGCAGUACAGGGAGGCACUCGGCAAGGUUCUACCGGACAUGACGAGCAUCGUGUCCAAAUGGCAGUCACUGACCAAGAAGGAGAAAGGAGGGAAUGAAGGGAAGAAGGAAGGAGAUGUCAAAGAGGACGCGACUAAAGUUGAACAACCCGCCCCGUCAGGCCCCGAGUCUCCAGAGGUCAUUGUCCUGAAAGCCCUCAUCCUCCAGGUCAUGUGUCUCUACCAGAAGGUAGUGCCUCAUCUGGUUAGCCAGAGCAAGUUUGACUUCAGCAAGCUGCUCAAAGGUAUCGUGUCAGAGAAAGGUAUGAGAGAGGAGGUCCAUCCAGUCCUUCAACACCAGAUAUUACAACUGGCCCUGGACCUGCCGGCCAGCAAGUUCUCCUGGUUCAGAGUUCAGGAUCACGUGGAGACGGGCUCUGGGGAGAAGUCUGUGUUCUUCCUGCUCCUCAAGAUGUUUGUGAGCAGCAACAACAGCCACCUGAAAAUGUCCACCAGGAAACUGGUGGUGAAGGUGCUGAAGGACAGUGGAGUGUUUGAGUACACCUGGUCUGAGCUGGAGCUGUGGCUGGAACACCUGGACCGACUACAGACAGACCAGCAGGACACGGUCAUACACUUCCUGGAGAGGGUGCUCAUGUGUCUGGUGUGUAACCCCUACACCUACACAGACAAGGUGGCCAGUCUUGUCCAGGAGGCAGCCUACCUACAGGCCAAUCUUAGCGGACAGGACGGAGACACCGCCAGCAUCCCCAUCUCUCACAUAGACGACGUGCUGGACAUGGUUGAUGUGAUCAUGGAGGGCAGCGAGGGGGAGACUGAGGAGCUGGGCCCGGCGCUUAGUGAUGACCUCAUCCUCCAGACCUUCCCUUUCAGUGCCGUGGUACCUGCUGUCCUGGAGGCCAGGAACAAACUACCUGCUACCUACAGAACGGAGAAAGGUGUAAUAUAUGACUACAUGGCAACAGUCCUAUGUGACGUGCUCCACUGUCAGAGAGACCCUCUGCCCCUCAGCCUGGCUCUUCUACAGUACGACAAAGAGCUGAACUCCUCUGAAGAUCCUGGGCCUCCCCAUCACUCCAUCAUUCACCUACAUCACUACUACACAACAUGGCUGCCCCAACAGGCCCGGGAACCUCUGUUCCAGUCCCGUGAAAGACCUUUCCGUGUCUCUCCUAGUCCUGUGACCUUCACUGGUCUACUGAAGACGGCAUACACCCAGGGGGCCUCUGCCCUGCUAGAAGACUCCUUCAGACGGAGACUGGAGAAGAGUCUGGUCACUAUGGAGAUGGCAGAGUAUCCCGUUGCAGCCAAGCAGAUCCUACUGUACAUCAAAACCACUGUGGACAACUGCAGCAUGUUGUCUAUAGACACAGGGCUGCUGGAGCUCAAUGUCCUAAUGGGAGUUCUCCAGGGGUUGGUGUUGAGGCUUCAGAGCCCACAGGAACCAACUGAGGAAACCGAGGCAGAGCCCAUGGUCGAAGGAGAGACUGAGCCUAUGGUCGAAGGAGAGACUGAGCCCAUGGUCGAAGGAGAGACUGAGCCCAUGGUCGAAGGAGAGACUGAGCCCAUGGUCGAAGGAGAGACUGAGCCCAUGGUCGCUGAUCAGAAGGCAGUGGAGACAGCAGAAACCAUGGCUGUGGAUCCCAAGGUGGCGGCGGAGACGGAGCCUAUAGCUAUGGACCAGGACACCGCCACUGUAGUAGAUCCAGCCAAGGCAGCAGAACCCAAAGCUGUGGACCUCCUGAAUGGAUCAGAGCUCUUCCUGGAGGUCAACCCGUCUUCUGAAGCAGAGGACGACCACAGCCUGGUGGUGUUGUCAGUGCUGAGUUCCAUCCUGAAGCACCCGUGUAUCGAACAGUGGUUCCUGUCUCUGGAGUUGUCCUCUGUCCCUCCUACCUCCCUCAACCCCGUCAGGCUGAAGCUGCUGUGUGCUCAACUGUCUGACUGCAUCCUGGGUCUAUUACAGUCCUCUGCCUCCGUCCUUCGACCCCUGAACUCCCUCCAUCUCCUCUCCCCCUACCUAGAGGCUGUAUCAAGGGCUCUGCUCAGAGAGCUGGGGGAGACUGGGGAGAGGAGGGAGACCGACAAGGAGUCCCGGCCUGUGAGAGCCUUCAUGGCCUUGCAUGCCUACAUGGAACCCUCUCUCCUCCAGGAGCUGGUCUCUUCCCUUCUCCUCCUCCCCAAGGAGGCGCUCAUCACCCCGGGGGAGGGAGAGAAGAGCCCCAGAGCAGCGGAGCUCAGUGUCUACGGACGCACGGCUCUACAGGUCCUCACUGAGACCACCUCCUCCUCCGACGCCUCUUCAUCCGGCUCCCCUAUCCUCCUCCUCUCCCAGGCCCACCUCCAAGGCCUGGCCACCCUGCUCCUCUCCUGCUCCAGCCCAUCUCUGGAGACCUUCCUCCUGCAGGCCCUGAGGACCCAGCCAGGCAACGCUAAACUCCUCCACACUGACAUCCUGGUCCACUGUCUCCAGGGGCCUCUUACUGCAGCCACCCAGGCCCUCGGGGUAGCUCUGCUGCAGAACUGCUCUGCUCAUAGGCUCUGCUUCGAGGUGUGGUGCCUGCAGCCGCAGCACCUGGAGAACCUGGCAGACCAGACGGAGACAUUCCUACCGCUAGUCAACAGUUACCUGCAGACUGCAGUCAGAGAGGACCCCGCCAGGCCUAAAGAAGUUCAGACAGCGGUGCUGAAGGCCCUGAAGAAGGCCCUGUUCCCCAGGCUGAGCCUCUCUGUGCUGGGGCAGGAGACAGGGGAGGCCCUGGGGCCUGUGGAGGUUGUGGAGGCUCUGUCUAGUCUGGUUAGACUGACAGCUAAGGUCAAGGACAUCAGAGAGCUCAUCGCCUCCCUGCCUGCUGCCCUGCAGAAACUAGACGGCUUUGAGAGAUGGCAGCUGGUGGACCCCAUCAGUGCUGUGCUGUCUGUCUGUCCCGAGGAGCUAGAGUUGUGGAGGACUUCGGUGCUCUCUGCUGCCCUCCGGUGGCUGAGCUCUUCCUACGGUCACAACAGAGACCAGAACACGGCACCACUCACACAGGAGGACAGCAUACUGAAUAGACUGACUGUACUGCUGACUUUUCCAGAAGACAUCACAGCAGCAGAAUGGAACAGCUUUGUCAAGGCUGGACUGAAGUGUCGCUACAGAGACCCUAACUUCCUGAGCACCCUAAACAGGAUGUUGGAUCUGAUGUAUGGCGGUAGUGAAGGACCUAAAGACCUGGUUCCUCUACCUACCAUCCACAUGAUGGCCUCCAGCCACUCCCUGUUUCUACCCAUCAUGCUGGGAGACGAGGAGGACCUUAGUGGGAACACACAGGUUAAAGGUCCAGAACAGGACCUUAGUGGGAACACACAGGUUAAAGAGGCCCUGGUCUCUCUCCUGCUCAGCCUAGUGAAGAGAAGUCCUGCUGUCUGUAGCAGCAGCCACUUCGUAGUCCUACUGGGAGGGUACGGCGCUACUCUCAGUACUACAGAUCAGAAUCUGUUACUGCUGCUGCAGGAGUACGAACGAAACGGCUUCAGUCUGGUAGACUUUCAGUGCAUGCUUUGGGGCCCAGCGGCGGUGGAGCACCAUAAGGCCCGGAGAAGCCUGGGCGUUUCCUUGUGGCAGCAACCCAGCUCUGAGGACCUGCUGGCUCUGCUCAGCCCAGACACCAUGAUCAACACCAUCACUCACUUCCCCCUGCAACGCAGGAUCAUCCUACAGGAGGGUAAAGAGCUGAUUUUCAAAGAUGAGGAAGUGAAGGAUCUUGGGAGUGUGUACGACCCUUGUUUCCUCCUGCCUCUCUUCAGCGCCAUGCUUCAGCCAGAGUCUGUGAUCGACUGUCUGAAGUUUGUGUCGAGUCACGGCCUUGGUGUGACGAUGGUGUCCCUGAGUAGUUACGACCCCAAGCUGAGGGCAGCGGCCUAUCAGGUCCUGGCUUCAUACCACCAUCAUCUGGAGGCUGCUCGCUUCAGAGAGAAGAGACAGCUGCUGUACCUGCUGGACAUGGUAAAGAAUGGGAUCCGACAGCAGAACCUCAGGAUGCCCUUCGUACUGACCACGUACAUCACUAAGGUGGCCCGGCAGAUGCUGAAACCAGAGGAGCACAUGUACGUGGUGGUGAACCGGUUCCUGCUCUCCCAUCAGUGUCUGGACUUCAGAAGGGUUCCAGAGUUCUUCAAACUGUUCUACAGCUGUGACAUGGAGCACAAAAUGGAGAGGGAGUGGAUUCUGUCUGUCCUAGAGGAGGGCCUGAAAGACAGACAGUGUUAUGAUCUGCUGGACCAACAGGGGAUCUUUCAGACACUGCUAGGAUUCUGUUGCAGCCCACUCUGUGACCAACACACUCAGACUCUGAUAGUGAGAGUCCUGCACCAGGCUGGUCGUGUGACCAAAGCAGCCUACAACCUGACCAAGGGUCACGGGCUCCUCACCUGGAUUCUGCAGCUGCUGGAGAGGAGACAUGUAGACCAGGGUCUGCUGAGUGCUGUGGUGGAGCUGCUCCAUGUGCUGUGGUUCACCAACCUGGGCCAGAAGGAGACCCGUGGUGAAGGAGCCUCCUCUUCCUCAUCCUCUUCCUCCACGGCCAAGGAGGACAAACCCCAGGGACACAGCACUCCAAAGGUUCUCCCUCUACCCCUCAUCAGCCAGUUCCUGUGUGUGGCCACCACCAUCAUCAGACAUCUGAGGCUGGUGAAGGCAGGUCAGCUGAGCCUGUAUCUCCAGACUCUGAGCUCCAUCCUGCAACAUUGUGGAACAGCUCUGGGGGUCCACGGGGAGGCUGGCUGGCUGACCUUACGACCCCAGGCUCUUUCCUCCCAAGACGCCCUCGCCCUCCUCCACCGCUGGAGCACGCUGACCCACAAUGCACCGCUCCUCAGUCAGUUGCAGACUGUGGCGGAGAAACACAAAGUCAAGGAGCUGCUGGGGUCGGGCAGGGAGAAAGGCCGAGGGAGAAGCUCCUCUGUCCAGGCCCAGGCCCGUUCUCACUCCCGACCAAAGGAACAGGAGGAGGAAGGAGAGGUAGAGAGACGAGAGGAGGAGAAGACUCUGUUGGAGAAGUGUAUUCCUCACCUCAGGAAUAUCUUUACCCACUGGGAGCCUGUCUCUCUUGCCUGUCCCCCCUCUUACCCCACCAGCCCACCUCCCUCCCCUGACCCCCAUACUCCCACCUCCACCCCCCUGGCUAACACCACAGCCCAUCUUCUCACCAGGUGGUUCCUGAACUCCUUGGUCGAGGGAGCCUCCACCUACGAGGACAAAAGGACAGUCCACUUCCUUCGCUGGUUCCAGAAGACUGUCCUGUCUCAUAGAUUCAUAGUGGACCUGGUGCUGGCUGACCCUGCUGUGAGAGUGGACCUGCUCCGUCUAUAUCACCAGGCCUGUGAGCCCCAGGCCCAGACCCAGAUCUCUUCCAGGGUAGAACAUGUCCAGCUGUUCACCAACAUUAUGAUCCAGCUCCUGGAGUCCAGAGGCUGCACUGAGAGUGACCUGCACAGGGCCGUGCUCACAGCAUGCUCCCUAGGAACAACAUGUGAUGACCAGACCACAAAGGAAGGUCUGAUGUUGCUGUCUCUGUACAUCCAUGAGAUGUGGAGUGGAGCGAAGAGCCCAGAGCUGUUCCUGAACCAUGUCAGAUUGGCGAAUGAGAUCCAGGGCUCUAUAGGAACCAAGGACCAGAAGAAGAAGUCCAAACGACGUUCCCAGACACACACAGCCCUCAGAACCAUCUGUAGUGACCUCCUCUCAGGACUGCAGUCUACUGUUGCACCAUAGGGGUUACAUAGCUGUGGCCCACAUUACACCCUAUUGAGUAUGCUAUUUCUUAACCAGGGCCCGUGGUCUCUGGUCAAAAAGUAGUGAACUACACUGAGUGUACAAAACAUUAGGAACACCUGCUCUUCCCAUGACAUAGACUGACCAGGUGAAAGAUAUGAUCCCUUAUUGGAUGGCACCUGUUAA